UGGUCGCCGCUGAAGCAUGUCACCUCCAGCCUCCGCGGGAGCCUUCGCCAGCCGUGUCCGCGCCCCCGCCUCCCGCGGCCGCUGCCCCGGACACUGGCCCCCGGACCCCCGGCCCUGAUCCCCGCCCGGACCCGAGCGCCGGGGGAGCCAUGGCUGGCCAGGGGGACUGCUGCGUCAAGGUGGCCGUCAGGAUUCGGCCCCAGCUGUCAAAAGAGAAGAUUGAAGGCUGUCAUAUUUGUACCUCUGUCACCCCGGGGGAGCCCCAGGUCCUACUGGGGAAGGACAAAGCCUUCACCUAUGAUUUUGUCUUCGACCUGGACACCUGGCAGGAACAGAUCUAUUCGACCUGUGUGAGCAAGCUCAUCGAGGGCUGCUUCGAGGGCUACAAUGCUACAGUACUGGCCUAUGGGCAGACAGGGGCCGGGAAGACGUACACCAUGGGCACUGGCUUCGACACGGCAAUGGCGGAGGAGGAGCAGGGCAUCAUCCCCAGAGCCAUCGCACAUCUCUUCCGAGGCAUCAAGGAGCGCAAGCAGCGAGCACAGGAGCAGGGCGUGACUGGGCCUGAGUUCAAAGUCAGCGCUCAGUUCCUGGAGCUGUACAAUGAGGAGAUACUAGACCUGUUUGACAGCACCCGUGACCCUGACGCCCGCCACCGCAGGUCCAACAUCAAGAUACACGAGGAUGCCAACGGCGGCAUCUAUACCACGGGCGUCACGUCUCGCCUCAUCAACUCCCAGGAGGAGCUGAUCCAGUGCCUGAAGCAGGGGGCCCUGUCACGCACCACGGCCAGCACCCAGAUGAAUGUGCAGAGCUCCCGCUCCCACGCCAUCUUCACCAUCCACCUGUGCCAGAUGCGCGUGUGUUCCCAGCCUGACGUGGUGAACGAGGCAAUAACAGGGCUUCCUGGUGGCCAAGCUCCCACCAACGAGUAUGAGACGCUCACCGCUAAGUUUCACUUUGUGGACCUGGCUGGCUCAGAGCGGCUGAAGCGGACGGGAGCCACCGGCGAGCGCGCCAAGGAGGGCAUCUCCAUCAACUGUGGCCUGCUGGCCUUGGGUAACGUCAUCAGCGCCUUGGGAGACCAGAGCAAGAAGGUGGUACACGUGCCCUACAGGGACUCCAAGCUCACCCGGCUCCUCCAGGACUCUCUGGGGGGCAACAGCCAGACCAUCAUGAUUGCCUGUGUGAGCCCCUCGGACCGGGACUUCAUGGAGACCCUCAACACUCUGAAGUACGCCAAUCGGGCUCGCAACAUCAAGAACAAGGUGGUGGUGAACCAGGACAAGACCAGCCAGCAGAUCAGCGCGCUGCGGGCCGAGAUUGCACGGCUGCAGAUGGAGCUGAUGGAGUACAAGGCGGGCAAGCGGGUGAUUGGGGAAGAUGGUGCUGAGGGCUACAGUGACCUGUUCCGGGAGAAUGCCAUGCUGCAAAAGGAGAACGGGGCACUGCGGCUGCGGGUGAAGGCCAUGCAGGAGGCCAUCGAUGCCAUCAACAACCGCGUCACCCACCUCAUGAGCCAGGAGGCCAACCUGCUUCUGGCCAAGGCUGGUGAUGGCAAUGAGGCCAUCGGUGCCCUGAUCCAGAACUACAUCCGGGAGAUCGAGGAGCUUCGGACAAAGCUCCUGGAGAGUGAGGCCAUGAACGAAUCCCUCCGCCGCAGCCUGUCUCGGGCCUCAGCACGGAGCCCCUAUUCGCUGAGUGCAUCUCCAGCCGGUCCAGCGUUUGCAGCCAGUCCAGCCAGCUCCAUGGAAGAUGCUUCUGAGGUGAUCCGCAGGGCCAAGCAGGACCUGGAGCGGCUAAAGAAGAAGGAGGUCAGACAGCGGAGGAAGAGCCCAGACAAGGAAGCCUUCAAAAAGAGGGCAAAACUUCAACAGGAAAAUAGUGAGGAGACGGAUGAGAAUGAGGCUGAGGAGGAAGAGGAAGAGCGAGACGAGAGUGGCUGUGAGGAGGAGGAGGGCCGUGAGGAUGAGGAUGAGGACUCGGGCAGCGAAGAGAGCCUGGUGGACUCAGACUCGGACCCAGAAGAGAAGGAGGUGAACUUCCAGGCCGACCUGGCCGACCUGACGUGUGAGAUCGAGAUCAAGCAAAAGCUGAUCGACGAGUUGGAGAACAGCCAGCGGCGGCUGCAGACACUCAAGCACCAGUACGAGGAGAAGCUGAUCCUGCUGCAGAACAAGAUCCGGGACACGCAGCUGGAGCGCGACCGCGUGCUGCAGAACCUGAGUACCAUGGAGUGCUACACGGAGGAGAAGGCCAACAAGAUCAAGGCCGAUUAUGAGAAGAGGCUGCGGGAGAUGAACCGGGACCUGCAGAAGCUGCAAGCUGCACAGAAGGAGCAUGCUCGGCUGCUCAAGAACCAGUCACGCUACGAGAGGGAACUGAAGAAGCUACAGGCCGAGGUGGCCGAGAUGAAGAAGGCCAAGGUGGCACUCAUGAAGCAGAUGCGGGAGGAGCAGCAGCGGAGGAGGCUAGUGGAGACCAAGAGGAACCGGGAGAUUGCUCAGCUUAAGAAGGAGCAGCGGCGUCAAGAGUUUCAGAUCCGAGCCCUGGAGUCCCAGAAGCGGCAGCAGGAAAUAGUCCUGAGGAGGAAAACCCAGGAGGUUUCUGCACUUAGGCGCCUGGCCAAGCCCAUGUCUGAGAGGGUGGCAGGGCGUGUGGUAUCAAAACCACCCAUGCUAGAUUCUGGGGCCGAGGUGUCAGCCAGCACCACCUCCUCUGAGGCCGAGUCAGGGGCCCGCUCUGUCUCCAGCAUCGUGCGCCAGUGGAAUCGUAAAAUCAACCACUUCCUGGGGGACCACCCCACCUCCACGGCCAAUGGCAGCCGCCCAGCUAGAAAGAAAUUCCAGAAGAAGGGGGCCAGCCAGAGCUUCAGCAAAGCGGCCAGGCUCAAGUGGCAGUCGCUGGAGCGGAGGAUCAUCGACAUCGUCAUGCAGAGGAUGACCAUUGUGAACCUGGAGGCCGACAUGGAGAGGCUCAUCAAGAAAAGAGAGGAGCUGUUCCUCCUGCAAGAGGCUCUUCGGAGAAAGCGCGAGCGGCUGCAGGCCGAGAGCCCCGAAGAAGAGAAGGGGCUGCAGGAGCUGGCGGAGGAGAUUGAGGUGUUGGCCGCCAACAUCGACUACAUCAACGACAGCAUUACCGACUGCCAGGCCACCAUUGUGCAGCUGGAGGAGACCAAGGAGGAGCUAGACUCAACAGACACAUCAGUCGUCAUCAGCUCCUGCUCCCUGGCCGAAGCUCGCCUCCUACUGGACAACUUCCUCAAGGCAUCCAUCGACAAGGGGCUGCAAGUGGCGCAGAAGGAGGCCCAGAUCCGGCUGUUGGAGGGACGUCUGAGGCAGACAGACAUGGCGGGCGCCUCCCAGAACCACCUGCUCUUGGAUGCCCUGCGUGAGAAGGCCGAGGCGCACCCUGAGCUGCAAGCCCUCAUCUACAACGUGCAGCAGGAGAACGGCUACGCCAGCACGGAUGAGGAGGUCUCCGAGUUCUCCGAGGGGAGCUUCUCCCAGUCAUUCACCAUGAAAGGUUCCACCAGCCACGACGACUUCAAGGUCAAGGGUGAGCCCAAGCUGUCUGCCCAAAUGAAGGCCGUGUCCGCCGAGUGCCUGGGCUCCCCGCUGGACAUCUCUACCAAGAACAUCACCAAGUCCUUGGCCUCCCUGGUGGAGAUCAAGGAGGAUGGAGUGGGCUUCUCUAUCCGGGACCCCUACUACCGGGACAAGGUCUCGCGCACCGUCAGCCUGCCCACACGGGGCAACACUUUUCCCCGGCAGUCUCGGGGCACAGAGACGUCCCCUCUGACCCGGAGGAAGUCGUAUGACCGCGGGCAACCCAUCAGGUCUACAGACGUGGGAUUCACACCUCCUUCCUCCCCUCCCACCCGCCCCAGGAAUGACCGCAAUGUCUUCUCUCGGCUCACCAGCAAUCAGAGCCAGGGGUCAGCGCUGGACAAGUCUGAUGAGAGCGACUCCUCUUUGUCGGAGGUCUUGAGGGGCGUCAUCACCCCUGUGGGAGGAGCUAAGGGUGCGAGGACCGCCCCGCUGCAGUGCGUCUCCAUGGCCGAGGGCCACACCAAGCCCAUCCUCUGCCUGGAUGCCACGGAUGAGUUGCUUUUCACCGGGUCCAAAGACCGGAGCUGCAAGAUGUGGAAUUUGGUUACGGGACAGGAGAUCGCAGCUCUGAAGGGCCACCCCAACAAUGUGGUCUCCAUCAAGUACUGCAGCCACUCGGGGCUUGUGUUCUCCGUGUCCACCUGCUACGUCAAGGUGUGGGACAUCCGGGACUCAGCCAAGUGCGUUCGAACCCUCACGUCCUCCGGCCAGGUGAUCUCAGGAGACGCCUGUGCUGCCACGUCCACGCGGGCCAUCACGAGCGCCCAGGGAGAGCAUCAGAUCAACCAGAUGGCCCUCAGCCCCUCGGGAACCAUGCUGUAUGUCGCCUCGGGCAAUGCGGUCCGCAUCUGGGAGCUCAGCAGGUUCCAGCCCAUUGGCAAGCUGACAGGCCACAUUGGUCCUGUGAUGUGUCUGACUGUCACCCAGACGGCCAGCCAGCACGACCUGGUGGUGACCGGCUCCAAGGACCACUACGUGAAGAUGUUCCAAUUGGGUGACUACGUGACUGGCACCAUCGGCCCCACCCACAACUUUGAGCCCCCGCACUACGACGGCAUCGAGUGCCUGGCCAUCCAGGGAGGCAUCCUGUUCAGUGGCUCCAGGGACAACGGCAUCAAGAAGUGGGACCUGGAGCAGCAGGAGCUCAUCCAGCAAAUCCCCAAUGCACACAAGGACUGGGUGUGUGCCCUGGCCUUCGUCCCCGGCCGCCCCAUGCUGCUGAGCGCCUGCCGUGCAGGUGUCAUCAAGGUGUGGAACGUGGACAACUUCACACCCAUCGGCGAGAUCAAGGGCCACGACAGCCCCAUCAAUGCCAUCUGCACCAACAGCAAGCACAUCUUCACGGCCUCCAGUGACCUGACAGUGAAGCUCUGGAGUGUCCGGCGGCUGCAGGCGGCCCACGCCAGGAGUUAGGUCAGCCUGCACCGUGAGGGGCAGCAGCUGUGGCCAGCUGCCCUGGGGACAGAGGGUGCAGCCCUUCUGCUUCCUGCCUCUGGGCCUUCCCACAGGAUGCUGUCCCUUUGUCCCCCCCCCCCCUUUCUUGGGAGCCUCCUGGGGAGAGAGGUGGGAGGGGAAAUUAAGCUGUGAAGCCAAAGGGUAUUAUCUCCUCUCCACACCUCUCUAGUGGCCCCCUGGCCUCCCCUCCCGGCCACACUGCCUCCUGCUGAGCCAAUGCUGCCCCACCCUGUCCUCCAGGCCCUUAGCCGGGUACAGGGCGAGGCCCUCUAGGGAAGGAGAGGCUGCCCUAGCCCCAUCCAUGCUCCAGUAAGCUGGCGUCCCCCAUAUCUCCUCCUGGCCCACCUGUAGGGCCACUGCACCUGCCUCUGAGCCCAACAGGGUCGUCCUCAGGUAACCAUGGAAACCAGGUGUAGGCAGCUGGGCCUUGCAGCUGAUUCUGAACCCUGUGGUCACCAGCAGCUCCCAGUGGGCCUCGACCAUUCCAUAGCACGCUCAGUGCCACAGUGGAGCUGCUGGAAAGAUUCCUUUGGGGACAUGGUCAGGAAUACUUCAGUUAUUUAAUUUAUUUUUAUUUUUUUACUUUUUUAAUUUUUUGUGCUGGU